AUGGCACCCAGCACAAUUCGCAAGGCAAUUGGGGCUGUCAAGGACCAAACCAGCAUCAGCCUAGCCAAAGUGGCCGGGAACAUAGCCCCGGACCUCGAAGUUCUAGUCGUUAAGGCCACGACCCACGAUGAAGACCCAGCUGACGACAAGUACAUUAGGGAGAUCAUCAACUUGACCUCCUACUCGCAUGGAUAUGUCACUGCGGCUGUGGCAACUAUAUCUAAGCGUUUGAGCAAAACCCAUGAUUGGAUUGUGGCUCUGAAGGCUCUUAUGCUUGUUCACAGAAUUUUGGUUGAUGGGCACCCUUCGUUUGAGGAGGAGAUUGUGUAUGCAACUCGCAGAGGCAUGCGGGUUUUGAACUUGUCUGAUUUUAGAGACGAAGCGCAUUCGAAUGCUUGGGAUCAUGCCGGGUUUCUAAGGUUUUAUGCGAUGUAUCUUGAUGAGAAGGUGGAGUUUGAGGUUUAUGAGAGGAAAUCGGGAGGCACAGAGGGCGGUAGAUUGGAUCAGGAGAGAGAUUAUCGAGAGGAAAGGAAAGAAUUUGAUUAUGGAAAUGAUGUGAGUGAUCAGUCACUGGAGAGAGAGCAGAAAAGAGAGACCAAGUCUAGUACGCCAAUAAGGGAAAUGAGGCCUGAGAGAGUACUGGGGAGGUUGAAUGACUUGUUGAGGGUUCUUGAUCGAAUUUUGGCUUGUAGGCCUGCAGGUGCGGCUAAGAGUAGUAGGUUGGUGAUUGUUGCGCUUUACCAGGUUUUGAAGGAGAGUUUUAGGCUAUAUGUUGCGAUAUGUGAGGCAUUGGGGGUGUUGUUGGAUAGGUUUACUGAGAUGGAGUAUGCGGAUUGUGUUAAGGCUUUUGAUGUUUAUGUUAAUGCGGCAAAGAUGAUUGAUGAGCUUGUGGGGUUUUAUGGUUGGUGUAAGGACACGGGGAUUGCCCGGUCGUCUGAGUACCCAGAGGUUCAGAGAAUAACUGAUAAGCUUUUGAGCUCACUUGAAGGGUUCUUGAAGGAGAAGACAAACAGGCCGAAGAGUAUGGAGGAGAAGGGUCAGGUUGAUUGUGAGCCAAAACAGGAUAUGAAUUAUGAGGUGAUGAAAGCUCUUCCUCCGCCGGAGAAUUACACUCCUCCUCCCCCGCCACCUGAAGCCCAGCCUAAGGCUUCACAUCCUCAACCUGUGACAGAGGACUUGGUCAAUUUGAGGGAUGAUGGAGUUACUGCUGAUGAGCAAGGAAACAAAUUGGCUUUGGCUUUGUUCUCUGGACCUCCUACUACUACUAAUACAAAUGGAUCCUGGGAAGCAUUCCCAUCAGAUGGAGAGCCUCAAGUGACCUCAGCUUGGCAGACACCAGCUGCUGAGAGUGGUAAAGCAGACUGGGAAUUGGCAUUGGUUGAGACAGCUAGUAAUCUGUCAAAGCAGAAGGCUGAUUUGGCUGGUGGUUUUGAUCCAUUGUUAUUGAAUGGCAUGUAUGAUCAGGGAGCAGUGAGGCAACAUGUGAGCACCUCACAACUGAGUGGUGGGAGUGCAAGUAGUGUGGCAAUGCCCGGGGCAGGCAAGGCUGUUACGCCAUUGCUGGCUCUGCCUGCCCCAGACGGGACAGUGCAAGCAGUGGGGCAGCAAGAUCCGUUUGCCGCCUCCCUCGCAGUGCCACCUCCUUCAUAUGUUCAGAUAGCAGAGAUGGAGAGGAAGCAAUAUUUGCUUUCACAGGAACAACUGCUUUGGCAGCAAUAUGGAAGAGAUGGGAUGCAAGGGCAAGUGGGUUUAGCCAAGAUUUCUUCUGGCGGCUCUGGCUAUUAUGGCCCACCUCAGCCGAUGAUGCCUCAGCCAGGAGGGUACUACUAUGCGCCCUAUUGA